CAAGACCAAAGACAAACCCUAAAAAACCAACUUGUUGGAGCAUACGGUAUUACAAUAUAUCUCUCUAUUUGGAGAUUAUUUACUUCAGUACCUCACUGAAAACAGCUCGCAGAAUUUUAAGGAAUAUAUUUCAAGAUGGCUAACAAUAUCACUGAUGGCACUUUCAGACAGCUUUUGUCAGUUAUUUCAGAAUGGUAUGACCAGCAUGGAUACAUCAAUAUGCUGAAAGUUUUGUACAGAGAUCUCUUGAAAAACCAUUAUGAGUUGAAUAAGGCUACCAAGGUGAUAGACCUAAUGAAUUUGUUGAUUGCUUCUGGACAUUUAGACUCAACAUAUUUCAAUCUUCUAUAUGAUACUAUAAACAUAACAGAGCAAUAUGGCUUAGAAAGAAAGAUCAAAGAUAUACUGCCAGAAUUUCAAAAUGUUAAAGAUGUAGCAAUCUCAAAAUUCACGUAUCACAGACGAAAAGUUAUGAAGCUUGGAAUGGUACUGAUUGAUGAAGAUUUGAAAAAGAUCAGUGGAUGGUAUGAACCAGCAAAGGAAUAUGCAGACACAUGGAGUUUGAUUAUGGAUCUGGAGCACAACAUGAUAAUUUGUGAAGGAAAAAUGGACGCCUUCAUUAAAAAUCUAAAUACCCUUAAACUCCAAAAUGCUGUUAAAGCUUUAACUGAAGACAUCACAAAUGCAACUUCAAACUCUGGACAUGGUGAAGAAAUUGCUGUGAAAGUAAUUCAGAAACGCAAAGGAGAAUCCUGUGAUUCUGAAGGACGACCAUAUAAAAAGUAUGCUCUUAAUUUGUUAAAUGAACUUGAUGAAAAUAAAGACUCCCUAACUUUAAAGGAUACACCAGAGUUUUUUGACAAGUUUGAGAAACUUAUUAUCUAUUACAAACGUUAUGGUUUAACAUUAACCAAGGUUGAGAAAGGAUCAAUAGUAUUUUACCUAUCAGCAAAUGAUCCUAAUGCUUUGAUGAGCCUAUGGGAAAUACAUUCUAGUGGAAAGCUCAUCAAAGAUUUGGCACAAAUAUUAGUCCCAGAGGAACAUCAGCAAGAGUUCUUAGAUGAAUGGAUGACAUACAUUGAUGACAAUGAAUACAAAGCGGUGCUGAGUAAACUGAAAGAAAAAGGUGAGAAAAUAAUGAAAUGAAUUUAAGACAAUUGGAUAAAAUGUUAAAAUUAUGUUUCUAUUAGAAUGAAAAGCUUUUCAAAGAAAAGGCUGUGAUUACUAUGCAAGUUCGUCCACUUACGCUGUCAUAGGGGAAAUUUUCCCGUCCCCCCGGCAAAUCCUGGCACUACUGCUGCCAUCUAGUGCCCACAUACAUUUUCCGUUUGCUAAAAAUCUAACAUUUAAUAAUGAAACCAUAUCUUGCAACAUUGGGUUGGUUAAGGUAUCUCGUAAUAUUAACAAAAACCAAAUUUAUAGACCUUAUGCAUAUAUACAUGCAUACCUGCCAACCUUUGAAA